CUGACACGUGACGUCACGUGGUGGGUGGUACUUAGACGUGAGUGGGAAAAGCUUCGCAAAGCUGGGGACAAGGAGACAGAUGUUGGGGGAUUAUCACCAAACUUGGGUUGAGGCAAACCGCUGAUAUGGUUGCACGUCAAAGUAUCUCCUUUCGGACUCCCCGUGUCGGGCGGGUCAACAUGGACGCUUUUCUAAAGACGAAAGAAGGCCCGAGUCAUUGUUGAGUUUUGCGCUAGCCGUUUGACGUUAGCUCGCCCGGCUCGUAACUCCUGCUGCUUCAAACAACUUGUCAACAGCCAAGGCGAUCGAUAGCUUAUCCCAGGCACAAAUCGGAAGUGUUUUCGACACGCACCCGCUGUACAGCCCUGUCGCGGGUUGUCGCUGUGCCGACGGCCAUCGAAUCAGCAGCACUUUAGAGAGAGCCAGUGGGCCAGAAUGGCAACGUGACAGGAGAGAGGCCAGCCGAGCGCGCCUCAAAAAAAAUCAUGGAGGGCUUACAACACCCUGCUCCCGAGCAGCACAACAGGGUCAACGGCGACCGCCUGCCAAGUUCUCCUGAUGAUGCGGCUGAUCUUAAGUGGCCUACGCCCCAGGGGGAAUCCCAGGGCUCAGAUAGCAGCAGAGGUGCGAGUGCGUCGGAACAUGUGGAUCUGGAUCAGCCCGAAUGCCCCGAGAGCGACAUCGAAGUCAAGGAGGAACUGCAGGAUGUGUCCAGUCAACAAGGCAAGCGGGAGAGAAGAGAGAGUGCAGAUGAGGAAAACAAUCACAGCAGUGCAGCAUCAAGCUACACCGCAGACCUUUCCCACACGCCGUCACCAUCGCUGUCUGAGCAGCUGCGUCUGGGCCGUGAGGACAGCACGACCUCCGGUAUCAGUGUGGAGUGUAAGGUGUGUGGGGACAAGGCGUCAGGCUUCCACUACGGCGUACAUGCCUGUGAGGGUUGUAAGGGCUUUUUCAGACGAACUGUGCGCAUGAAAUUGGAAUAUGAGCGCUGCGAGCGUUCCUGCAAAAUUCAGAAGAAGAAUCGCAACAAGUGCCAAUAUUGUCGCUUCCAGAAGUGCCUUUCUUUGGGAAUGUCUCAUGAUGCAAUCAGAUAUGGUCGUAUGCCUGAGGCAGAGAGGAAGAAACUGGUGGCGGGUCUGCUUGCAGAGGAGUUAAACCUCGGCAAACCGGGAGGCUCCGACUUGAAGACGUUGGCCAAGCAAGUCAACGCAGCCUACUUGAAGAAUCUCAGUAUGACCAAGAAAAGGGCCCGCAGUAUCCUGACGGGAAAGACCAGCAGCACCUCACCAUUUGUGAUCUAUGAUGUGGACACGCUCUGGAAGGCCGAAAGUGGUUUAGUGUGGAGCCAGUUGCUCCCAGGAGCUCCCCUGACUAAGGAGAUUGGGGUGCACGUAUUCUAUCGCUGCCAGUGCACCACGGUAGAGACGGUGCGGGAGCUCACCGAGUUUGCCAAGAGCAUUCCGGGGUUUGUCAACCUCUUCCUCAACGAUCAGGUGACGUUGCUGAAGUACGGUGUGCAUGAGGCUAUUUUUGCGAUGUUGCCAUCUCUCAUGAACAAAGAUGGACUCCUGGUGGCCAACGGUAAAGGCUUUGUGACCAGGGAGUUUUUGCGCAGCCUAAGAAAGCCUUUCAGUGAGAUCAUGGAACCCAAGUUUGAAUUUGCCGUCAAGUUCAACGCUCUGGAGCUGGAUGACAGCGACCUGGCCCUCUUUGUAGCCGCCAUCAUCCUGUGCGGAGAUCGCCCCGGCUUGAUAAAUGUGAAGCAGGUGGAGCAGAGCCAGGAUAACAUCCUGCAGGCCCUGGACCUCCACCUGCAGGCAAACCACUCGGACUCAGUCUACCUCUUCCCCAAAUUGCUACAGAAAAUGGCCGACCUGCGCCAGCUAGUGACGGAGAAUGCUCAGCUUGUGCAGAAGAUCAAAAAGACGGAGUCGGAGACAUCGCUGCACCCGCUUCUGCAGGAGAUCUACAAAGACAUGUAUUAAACUGCUCCGAGCAGUACUGUUACAGACUGAAUACACAAUUAGAACAAUAAACCGUGUUCAGUUAAACACUGCUCCAAGUGAGGUCACGGCUGUGCCCAAGCACACAAAUUGUCAUGUGCGCGUGCGGAAUAGGUCACAUCGUGCAAGAGAACGCCGAGUUUUCUUACCAAAGCUGCUCCCUGCUUUCCAGGGGAAACAUUGUACGUUACAUAUACAUAGAUUUGCGCGGUGCUGUGGAGAACAGCCGUCGCUGUGGGCGUGGCGCAUCCAAGCGUCUUUGGUGGAGGUAUUGGACGAAGCUGAUUGCUUUUUGUUUACAUCCUUCAGUCAGUGACCUCCAACUUUACCGUUUGGCCUUGUUGACCUCACUUGGCGCAGGUGCCUGUGCAAUAGCAUAUCCAGUAGUCGCUGUGGACAGCCAAGCCAUCUAGCCAUAUGCAAUACACAUCUGACCUGCACAAGUACAAGGGACACAUCCUGUUUUUAGAUCGACACAUUAUUUUGAAGUUUUUUUCCUCUCCCUUGUAAUUAUGUCUAAUUAUUUGUAAUUGUUGAUUAUAUUUGUCAAACAUGAACUUCAUCACAUCAUCGUAUGUACUUGACUGUAUUUGUUGCUUCUUACCUCCCUGCUUGGUUUGUGAGAAAUAUCAACUUUACACGUUGCCUUUCAUACAGUGACAUGCACAUAUGAUAUCAGUACAGUAGGCCAAUAUGCGCAUAACUUGUACAAUUUUUUAGACCCCCCACCCCUUGAUAUAUAUUUUUUGCAAGUGUGUUUUUUUUUCUUUUAGUCCGCCCUCAUUUAUCUAUUCUACCUCUAUUGUAUGACAAUAUUCUGCUGUCAUGUUACAGCAUGUGCCAUUUUUGCCUUAAUUUUUUUGUAAAUGGGUACAAUGUAUUUCAGUAGUGGUCAAGCAAGCAAAGAAAAUGAUUGAAAUGUCAAAAAAGUGCACUGGAAGUAAUUGUGGUCUACCUCUAAAAUGUGCCAAAUACUUCAUGUUCACCCAAUGACUUGAAAUGAUCGGAAUAUGUUAACCAGAGAAAUGACAUCUCUUUCAUAAACUACUAGUACUGUU